AUGGUUGUAAGUGAUACAUAGUCUCAAUUAUCACUAGCCAAGCUGGACUGACACAAUCACGCAGUUCGUACUCCUACAUCAGAUGCCUCCUCGUGCUGCUCUCCAUUGGAACUGGCCCCUUUUCUCAACAAGCCGUGGGGACCAGACUCUGCGACAAGCCUAUUCCCAAUGCCCAAGCAAAACUCCCUUACACCUAAUCAGGGGUUCCAACCACUCGCCUUAGCGCUGGAGACUACAUCACUGAACCCGGUCUCACCAGUCUCGUCAUUGGUGCAUCCAUAGGUGCGAUUGACGUGAACCCAUCGACGCUCCUGGAGGGUUGCACGACUGGCAACUGUUCUUUUCCAAGCCUCAUCGGGGACGUAUCCCUUUCCACCACGAGUAUCUGCUCAAAGUGUAUCGAUGCAGCACGUUACAUCCGAAACUGGAGGGUCAACGAGACCACCAUCGUCGGAAUUCCAGAGGUAGCCAACUUCACGGACAGCAGCACCGCCCGGACCAACUUUUUCUCCAAGAAGCAGUAUAGCAUCGAAUGGGCCCGGGAUGACUUUGACCAGUACUUUCUCUGUAUCUUGAAUGCCCCCGUCGAUAACCACACGUUCCUUGCCGCAACAUCACCUGGCUGCGAGUACAAAAACGACACAAGCCGCAUCAGCAAAUGCGUUCCUUCCUCCGCCACCAAUAUUCUUUUCGAUAUUUCAGGGCAGCUUAACGUAAUUGCUAAUGUCUUCGCACCUACAUGUUCGUUUUACUGGUGUAUGAGGCACCACAAGGUAGAAGUAGUGCAGGGCACGCUGUCCGAGAUGCUCGUCGCCGAGAGCCCGGGUUUCUUGACAGAGCCAUCUCUUGAACUCUAUAGGGAUGUCUCAUUCUGGAAGCCUACAUGUAAGGUAGGGGAUGAGGUCUUGGGCCUUACAAGAGCUAAAACGAUAGGCUACGACAACGAGUCUUUCAAGGUCCAGUUGAAGGGCUCUGGGACUGAACAACGUGAUAUACUCGCAAGCGCAAACUGUACCGUCAUGACCUCAUCACUCGGAAGACCAGCACUCCAGAAUACAUUGGCAGUCCUCGACAGCAGCUACAGCUACCGAGGAAGUGUACCUGUAGAAAGUAUACGGCAGAGAUGGGAGAACAACUUCUGCGGCCCCUGGAGUCUGACGGGCCUACUGAAUGGUGGCAGCAUGUCAUUCGCCUCCACUGUCAGCGCCACAGCUAGAGCUUGCACUGCUCUAACGAAUCGUAUGCGAGAGAUCAUGGUACAACGGAACUUCUUGGUCGACGAGUUCAACCUUGUGGCCGAGCCUGGCGGUUAUAUACAUGGGGAGGUGAUACAGACCGCCGUCUGUACUGAGUUCUUGUGGCGCUGGCUUCUUGGUCCUGCCUUGAUUCUGCUGGUCACGUUCGCCUUUCUGAUGUACUCGGUCGUUCGUUCGGUCGUCCGUAGGAAUCUCGAGCCUCUGUGGAAGAACUCACUGCUGUCAGCACUGUAUCUCAACCCAGGGUCCGAAUCACUUGCCAGUGAAGAUAGUAACAUGGAGCUAAAGAAGAGGGCGGAUAGUGACAUUGUGGCUCUGACUAAAACUAGCGAGAAUACGUGGGAGUUACUGAAGGAGGAGGAUCACGGCGACGAAUCACAGCGGGGGACAGAGUAUGAAAUGGUGAUGGACUGGUCAGAACGUGAGCAGUGA